AUGCAGCUUCAGACCAGCUCUGUCGGUGCAGAGCGGUCGUAUGAAGACCUGUUCAAGGACGAGAUUGCUCGGCGAGGGCUCAACGGCGGCGGCGUGACGUCAUCGAGCCCCGCCGGCACCACAUCCUCCCGCAACCGUACCGGCAGCAGCAGCAGCAGCCAAAGCAGCAAUCCCUUCCAGCAGCCGACGCCUCGCGGCUCAAUCCCUGGCAGCCGCAGCCGGGAGGGGCCAUCCUCCGGAGACGUGGACCGCGAGUCUGGGCAGCGCGAGCGCUCUAUCGCGAUGGUCAAUGAGGGCCUGGAGGGCCUCAUCCCCCGCGCUUCACAGCUGCUGCAGCUGGGCGGCAGCGUCUUUCUGGCAUUCGCGCCCUUCAUCCUCGCCAUCUCCCUGCUGUUCAGCGGCAUAUACUUUGUGUUUGGCGACUCGUUUGUGCACGGCGGCCAGGUGGGUAAGGGGCUUCCGGCCUACAUCGACGCUGAGGCGCUGCUGGCAGAGCCCACGGUUGAUCCGCGCAUCCCAUACAUGUGA